UUUCCGUUUUCACCCCUGCACCACUAUCGAUCCAGGGCCCGAGCAUCGGCGUCGGGCGGCUUGCUGCUGGGUGCGAGCCCCGGCAGUCGCUGAGCGCGGGCGGCGGGCGUCGAGCGGGGGCAACCUCCCUCGCUUCCUAUCCUGUCGCUGGCGGCCGACGCCCGACAUCGAUGGCGAGUCCUCGGGAUCGGAGGCUUCCGCUGCCCUCGUUCCCGAUGGAGAACCCCUUCAGCCUGAAGGUGCUGCAGGUCUUCACCGGCUUCGGCGUCGGCUGCGGCGUCGGGAUCGGCGCCGGCCGCCCCAUCUACCUAGGUAUGAUACCUGGGCUUCAGCAAGUUAUGAGUGCUACAAGAGGUGCCGCAGAUGCUUUUUCUGGUGUCACGAGGCACGUUAAUUCUGCUCUAAGGAAGUCCGGGUUAAGAAACAUUGAAGCAGGCAUUGGCUGUGGAGUUGGUAUAGGCCAUGGUUUUGGAAUAGGAAUCGCCCUGAAGCCACAAGUACUUCACGGGAUUCAGUCAUCUGUUGGGGAAGUUAUAUCUAAAUUCACAUCAAAGCUGAAGGAUGCCCCCAGGGUGUCGUCCGUGUCAAAUCUUACGGCUGGUUCUUUGUCUAGCAAUCAACAAACUCGCAAUGGUAUGUCCAUGGACCUAGAGGCUAAGACUGAUGAAGUAUCAAGAGUACAGCCUACUCAUGGAUUGCAUGGCCAUCACGGGGUGCAGCCAGAAGCAUUGACUGGAAGUCGAACUGAAAAGGUCAUUGCCAACUUUCUACAGAGUUCGCUGUUCCAGAAUGAUACAAAGAUGGAUUUCAAAGAUGCAUCUGGAAAUUUACAUGGCAUGGAUACUGUACUUCAAUUGGUACUGAAGCAUCAAAUGGUUAUUGAAGAAUUGCGAGAGGAAAAUGAAAAGCUGCGUCAAAUACUCGUGGAGGAACUUAAGGUUUCACCAGCCAAGUUACAAAUAGCUAGUAAAAAUGGAGUUAAGGCCUAUUAUCCAUGCUCGGACUGCUUUGAAUGUCGGCGGCGAAGUCGAAAAACAGGAUAGUAGUUGCAUUGCCUCUUUAGCAUUUUAGCAAAGUUUGGUUACUUCUUCAAUAGCCAACGAUUUCACUAGAAAAGUACUAGUUUUCUCAAUAGUAUCCUCGACAAAGACCUGCAGAUCUUGUUCUGCACAUCUGGAACUUCUGGAUAGCUUGUUCUGUUCAUGUGGAACAUGAUCAUCAUCCAAUUGAUGCAGAACUUCUGUUCUGAACAUACAAAGGACGUGAUGUUUCUUUUUUUUUUUUACCCCUUUCCACUCAGAUCUGCACUUUUGGAAAAUUGUAACAUUCUUACCUGUAAAAC